AUAAGAAAACAAUUUCUGAUUAUCCCACCACUCAGCAACAUCUGAUACAAACCAAGAAGGAAAGUGACAAGUGAAAUUCAGCAGUGGUGAUUUAAUAGAACUCAAAAUCUAGUAGCUACAUCUUAAUAGCAAACAAUUAGUGGCAGAGCAAUGGCACAGCAACAGUUAGCAGCAUUUCUUAGUGAGUUAAACUUAUCAGAACAAAGAGUAAAUGAUGCUUUAAUGGGAGAAAAUGUGAAUACUAGUGUUGCAAGUGAAGCACUGCAAAACCUAACCCGAUUUGUGUCAGAAAAUGCCCCUAGUCUUCCAGCAUAUGAAUUGAGAAGAGCUCAUAGUGAAAUAACAAAAUUUAAAACUAGAAUCUUAGAUGUUGAGGAAAAAACAAGGCGCCAAGGAAAAUUCAAGUUUACCAGAACAAGUAAAGAGAAACCCACAGUCGGUAAGCCACCCCCAGGAUGCACCGAAGAAAAAGUUAAAAAUGUCAGAGUUGCUGAAGGUCUACUUCCUACCCUUUCUGGUAUGAAAGGUGAAACAAUAAUCAUGGACUCACAGGAAUCCUCCAAUAAAGACAUUUGGCUUGACAAUUUGGAGAAAAGCACCAUCAUAAUAAAAGGAAUUCCUAGUGCACUUCAUGUGACACACUUAAAUCAUUGUAAAAUAGUUGGAGGGCCAGUGCAGACAUCAGUCUUUUUGGAAGAUUGUUUUCGUUCAACCUUUGUGAUCGGUUGUCAACAAAUGCGUAUACAUAAAACUAAAGAAUGUGACUUUUAUCUCCAUAUCGGCAGUCGCAUUAUAAUCGAAGAUUGUCAUGCAUGCCGUUUUGCUCCAUACGACAGAAUUCUAAAUAGAGAGUAUUUGGGAAAAGAAGAGGAGUUUAAUCAGGCGAAAUUGGAGCUGGCUGUAAACCACUGGAAUAGUAUCGAUGACUUCAAUUGGUUGUCAACUGAACAAUCACCUAACUGGUCGAUUUUACCAGAAAAUGAAAGAAUCCAGUUGCAGGUUUAGACAAUAAUAAUACUGCUAAUGGUUCAUUUAGGCUAAAACAUCAUAAAUACAUUGUAAUGUAUCGCACCAA